AUGCUUACAUCAACACCUUCUCAUGCCUCUUCUUCUUCAUUCUCUUCUAAAAAUAUUCAUUCCAUCUCCACCACUCUUGAAUAUCAAUCUCUUCUUAAAGAAUAUCGUUCCACUCAUCACAUCAUUACACUUGCUACAUUUACCAAAGAACAAGAAACAUCUCAUAAAUGUCUUCAUUGUAAACUCUAUAGAGAUUUACUUGUGAAAUAUGUUGAAUCAUUCCCAAAUGAUAUAAAAGGAAUUUUAGUAGAAUUUACACCUCAAUCUCAACAAUUUGUCAUUGAAACAUUACAUUUAACACAUUUACCAAGUAUUAGUAUUCAAUCUAAAUUUAAUGAUUUAAAACCCUAUGAAUGUAAUUUAAGAGAAACACAAAUGUGGGAUUGUGUGAAAAUUGCAUUGAAAGAUGAUGAUGAAUUGAGUGAAGAAUUGAAUCAUUUCAUUGAUUUGGAAUUUGUGAAGGAAUUGUAUACAAAAUAUCAAGCUGAAUUUGAAAAGAGUAGUGAUAGUAGUACUGGUGGUGGUGGUUCUUCAAGUCAAUCUCUCUUUUCCAUUCUCUCUUCCUUAUCAAAAAUAUUUUUAAUUGGGUUUGUCAUUACUGGAUUUAUUAUUGGAAUUUCAACACUACAAAGUUUAUUACCAUUUGGAAAAUAUGCUCUAUUCAUGUUAUGUAUCUUAAUUUAUAUUGUAUGUAUGGCUGGAACUGUAUUUAAUGCCAUUCAAAAUCCACCACCUUAUCAAUUUAAUCCCUAUGAGAAAUCCAUUACAUUUUUCUAUCCAAGUAUGAGAAUGUCUUUUGCAUUGGAAGGAUAUUUUGCAAUGGUGGUUGUGGUGGUGUCUGCAUUUUAUUUUAUUGCAAUUCCUUAUAGUGGAAUGAAGAAGAGUGAAACCACAAAUGAUCAGAAAAACUACUCAACUAGUUCUUCUCUUAAUCAUGGUGGAGAGACUACUACGAGAGGUAAUAAUACCACCACUUUGACCACCACCACCACCUCUACUAGGACCAGUAGUACCAAAUCUAAAAAGAAGACUGAGAAAGCUACCAGUGUCACCACUACCUCUUCUUCUUCUUCCUCGGUACAGUCUCGAUCGAGCAGUGCAAGUUCAAUGGAACAGAUGGAGGAUGAAGAUAAUCAAGAAAGCAACAAUGAGAGUGAUACUGCAAGCUAUUUAUGGCAAAUUAUCAAAAGAACUUUCUUUAUUUGGGGAUUCUUUUUCACUUUUUGGGCUGCCAUGAUCUUUUUCAUGAUCAAAACUAGUUUUUAUCUAUCAGAGACUCCUUAUCAUUUCAUUGUUCAAUUGCUAUUAGAUAUUUUCAACAAGUAA